GGCGCGUCAGCCAGAGGCAGCGGUUCGGCGUUUCGUAGUUGUCGUGAUUUUCCGUGAGAAAUAAACAGUUUUAAUACAUUUAAAUCGUCUUGAGUAUUAAUUUAAGGUCCGUAAAUGCUCCGGGGCAUGUAAUUUAUAUCGAUAAUGGCUUUUAUAUCGCGAAUUCGGUCCACGAAAAAAAAUGUACAUGAACCGGCUAGUGCGCAUGGCCAGGAAAAAGUCGUUGAAGCCGGUUUGUUUUUUUAGUAACGGUUUUUGCGAUAAAUAAAUGGUUUUAGUGUUAAAAAAAUAGAGUCAGAUCGGUAAUUAGACGUGAUAGGUUGUGAUUAAAAUGUGAAUGACGCAAAUAAUAGUCUUUUACGUCGUAAAUGUGGAUCGGGAGAUUUCUGCUCUUCACAUUUUGUUGCAUAGCUCUGAGCUGUGAACGCCAAGAAUACCCAGAAUCCAUCCCGAUCCGAUGUUCUCACGACGUAAACAAGACAAAGACCUGACUCUGAAGUACAAGCGAAUGUCAGAGUCAACGAGUGCUUUCACCUCUGGAAAUGCGAAUGAAACCAGAGAGGAAUAAUAGAAAAAUAAGAACCACUGCAAUUGGUACGGAGAACUCCAAGUAUGGACAGAUGGCAUGGGUUUUGCCCCCGAUCCUCGGAGUCUAUUCGUCGUACCAGCGUACGAGUACCGAGGACUAAGGAAGGGCGAGAGGAAGGUGCGAUCACGCGAGAAGAAACUUUGCACGCGGACUUAAUGGCGGUAUUGUGCUAUAGAGCGAAGCGUUUGUGAAUCUCACGAGACGUUACAACCCAAGUCGGAUAAAGAACAGGAUGAAGAUCAGGAUUAAGACAGGAUGGAGACAGGAAGCAGUUGAUGCGUUUCCAAGUGGCUAAUGCCGGGUCGUGCGAAAGUCAAAGUGAUAAUUCAGUAUUGAGAGAUGAUCAGGAGGCGCAAACUCACUCGCAAUCACCGGUUAAAUUCAAUACUGGAAAAAGUGAAAGGAUUGAAAGCAUUUCUGUGUCGUUUACACGGCAAUAACACAGUGUACGUGCAUGAGGCCGGAGUACCUGGAGUUUGUUGAAUUUCUUAUGCCAUCCCGUCCGAUGAAUAGAAUGAGGAGUCAUUGUCCCCGUGGGAAUAUUAUCGAUGACACACUACUAAAAUCCCAGAGGGUAAAAAUAAUUUUGGGUUAACAACGGAGGAAGUCACGAUGCAAAUAUUUCGUUUAAUUCAAAAUUACAGUAAGUGAGAGAUGAGUCAAAGUGGACCAGGUUAAUCACCAAGGGAAAAAUUGUAUCAACACGAGUCUAAAAUCACAACAGACUCUCAUUAUCUCGAGAGGUCAUCCUCGUUACCUAACGAAUUAAUGAGAUAAUUUUGUUACAAACCACAAGCACCAUGUACACCUAAAUGGCGAGGGUCUCCUGUGGAUAAAUGUGACGCAAGCUGUGAACGCAAGGCCAUGAAAUUUUCACUCUUAAGGCAUUGCACGACUCUGUAACAAUGCACUUACUCUGUAUUUUUAAACCCCCCAUUCCCCCCUCACCCGGUCUUCUACUCUCUAAUUAACGAAUUAAUUGUCGUCGACGAAUGGCGUUAUCGCGAGCACCUCUAACCGCUCAAGAAUUCAAAUUGCGGAAAAUUCUUCAAAUCCCAUGACACAGCAUUUUUUGCAUCAAAUUAGUCAUGCUAAUUGUUGUAGAGUAUCAAGGUCAGAGGAAAAAAAUAAGCAAUUGUAAUUGGAUAUAGUUCAUGACUGGAUAACGAGAGUGAAAAAUGAAUCAGUGGAUAAAGACGUGUCUGGUAGGGCGGAUACACCCCGUCGUGUUUCCGGUGAUUCAAAAUGAUCCUCAGCUUUCCCACGGAGUAUCUACCCUACCUGGGAUAUAGAUUACCUCUGGAUGACUCCCUCGGGGAAUACAGCCAGUGUACACACGCUAUGGAUCUCAAGACGGUGAACGUACCUGAAACAAGUAAAAGAGGAAACCGGACUUUAAUUAGACCGCCAUGGAAGAGGUAGAGCGCAAACUGGAUUAUAGAUCGUCAUAAAACAAAAGGACGAUGGAUAUAAAUUGGAUUGAAAUUGUGGCUGUGUGUUAAUUACCCGUGGAAUUGGAUGUGGAGGAUGCCAAGGUGAUGUUGAUUUCGGUGAAAUAUUAAUAGUGAAUUAAUUUGACGUUGGGAAUUUGGAGUGAUGGGCCGGGGAUAAUCAUGACGAACGAACCGUGUACGAAAUAUCAGAGGCGUCGGCCACUUGUAGCCUCUCAUCCAUCGCCAACACUUCCACUGGCUAAUCAUCCUGACCACCCAGAGGCCCUUCAAAAUUCUCCAGUGAACCAACUCCAACGAUUACAACCGUGUGAACCCUGACGGACGCUCCAAUCGUUAAAAUCAGAGGAUAAAUAAAGAAGAUAAUUGUCACCUGGUACUGCAUGAUCGUCCAUCAAUCACUGACAGAAUGAUUCGGCUAUCGACUGGUUUCGAGCUAGAUGCAUUGGCACUCUGUCAUCGUCAAAUCAUAUCUUGCAAUGGCAGAUUGAACGACCAAAAUAAAAAACGAGGGUAUCACCCAACGAGUUCAAAGUAUACGGGAGUAGCUGUAAUCGACGAGGGUCUUGCUCAGGAUGCUGAGCAAUCAUCCUACGUUGAUAGACUUAGGGUCACGUGAAGAGGAGGAAGGUGCGUGGCUAUUUGCCCGAGGGAGGAUACACGUCCUCAACAGCUGAGAAUGUCGGAGCAAAACGCUCCCACAGACGGCCCAGGUUGGUGGCCACCAGCACAGCCAUGGAAGAGCUCGUCCAGUGUUGCUGGCACAUCAGUUGUAACACGCAAUCCUGAGACGGGUAAAAAUGUAUCAGUGACAACUAUCAAUGUACCACCGGUACAGGAUAUGCACGAUGGUAAGAGUGUCAAGUACCUGGGUGGUCAGAAUGGCGUGACAGUAUCGGUGGUAUCAUCAUGUGGAAGUAGCCCCAGUCCUGGUAUCAAUGGGCCCGAAACAAGUUCGGUGGAUGAUCUUGAGGACAGUGAUGGUGAAGUUAGUAAGAUCGACUUUCGUGGUGUCAAUUUACGAACGAAAAAGAAACGCGAUGGUGAUCCAGACUGUGGAUCGAAUGCCGAUGAUUCUCAUGAACAACCAGAGCGACCAAUGUCGUGGGAGGGUGAAUUGUCGGAUCAGGAGAUGUCUUCCAAUACAAUUACAAAUCAGGAGCACGAGGAGAUGUCGAUGGAGGGGGUGCAGGUGUGCAGUGCAAGUCCUGGGCUGCAGGAGCAGAAAUUUCCGAUAAAACCAGAGCCAGAUUUUCGAUCGAGUCCUGGUAUUGCGCAUGGUCACAAUGACGCUGCGAUGCCACUGUCUCAUGGCCAGGGACUCCAGCAUCCUCAGCAGCAGCCGCAACAGCAACAACAACAACAGCAUCAGCCACACCCUCAACAAAGGGAUUUGGAGCAGAAUCAACAGAGUGAUCUUCCACUUCUAGUUGGUAAACUCCUCGGUGGCUACAACAGUUCAACACCGAAUCACAGUCCCAUUUUGAAUCCACGUCAUCACCUUCAGAAACACAGUCACACGAGAUCGCAAGUACCAUCGCCAGACUCGGCGAUUCACUCUGCCUACAGUGUCUUCAGUUCACCAACUCAAUCGCCACAUGCAGCUCGGCACAAUGCCCUUGGUGCUGGUAGCCCAGUGCCAUCAUCAUCUCUCUCAUUAUCACGUCACAGUUUCAACAAUUCCACAUCAUCACUCUCGCUUUCUCUCUCUCAUUCCCUAUCGCGUAAUAACUCAGACGCCUCAAGCAGCUGCUACAGCUACGGCUCCCUCAGUCCACCCACCCAUUCACCAGUUCAACAACCCAGACACGCCCAUCCCCAUCAUCAUCAGCUACCCCAGGGUAGUCCUCUACAUCUACCCUCUGGUUCAACGACAAAUGCCCAUUAUUCAAAUCCACCUGAUAUCACCAAUGAUGUACACAACGAUGAUCAGGAGGAUUGUAAAAUACCAUCAGCACCUUCAGGCAUAUCAACGAGACAGCAACUCAUCAACAGUCCAUGCCCAAUAUGCGGUGACAAGAUAAGUGGAUUUCAUUAUGGUAUAUUCUCGUGUGAAUCGUGCAAGGGUUUCUUCAAACGUACUGUACAAAAUCGUAAGAAUUACGUAUGCCUGAGGGGCGCUGGUUGUCCUGUAACAGUUGCUACGAGAAAAAAAUGUCCGGCAUGUAGGUUUGACAAGUGUCUCAACAUGGGAAUGAAGCUAGAGGCUAUUCGUGAGGAUAGAACUCGAGGUGGUAGGAGUACCUAUCAGUGCACUUAUACACUACCUGCUAAUCUCAUGGGUAAUACGGCUGGAGGCAUAUCUGGUGAUAAAAUGAAUCCGGGUAAUUGCAGUCCAGCACCACCAGGAGAGCAUCAUCAUUCGGCGAGACACCACUGGAAUCAUUCGCAUAAUAAAAUGCAGGUUGUACCUCAGUUGCUGCAAGAUAUCAUGGAUGUUGAGCAUCUUUGGCAUUAUAAUGAUAAUGAUCGUGCUGGCCAGGGUAAUGGUACUGGAAGUCUUGGGGAAUCACUUGGCAUUCCUACUGGCAGCAAUGGCAAUCUCGAUAGUCGAGGUGAACCACCGAGUCCAAGCCCGGGACCAUCGCCCAAUCUAGACCAGAAUUCAACGAACGAUCAGACUAAUCCAGGGACCAAUUCUGCUGGUAAUGGGAAUUCAUCUCAACCACCAGAUUUUCUAUCAAAUUUGUGCAAUAUCGCUGAUCACAGACUUUAUAAAAUAGUCAAGUGGUGCAAGAGUUUGCCACUCUUCAAAAAUAUAUCGAUCGAUGAUCAAAUAUGCCUUCUGAUUAAUUCAUGGUGUGAAUUAUUACUUUUCUCGUGCUGUUUUCGAAGUAUGAGUACGCCAGGAGAAAUAAGGGUAUCAUUAGGAAAGUCAAUUACACUUGAACAAGCUAGACAAUUGGGUUUGGCUACAUGUAUCGAGAGGAUGCUUGCUUUUACGAAUAACUUGAGACGAUUGAGGGUGGAUCAAUACGAAUACGUUGCGAUGAAGGUGAUAGUACUAUUAACUUCUGACACGAGUGAAUUGAAAGAACCAGAAAAAGUUCGUGCCUCCCAGGAGAAGGCGCUCCAGGCCCUCCAGCAAUACACGAUAGCGAGGUAUCCGGAGAUGCCAGCGAAAUUUGGAGAACUGUUGUUGCGAAUACCUGAUCUGCAGAGAACCUGCCAGGCUGGCAAGGAGUUGCUCAGUCAGAAGCGUGCAGAGGGCGAGGGGAGCUCUUUCAAUUUACUCAUGGAGCUACUCAGAGGUGAUCACUGAACAAAUUAAUUCAAUUAAUUUGGUCUUUAAAGAAGAGAGAUAAAUGGAAUAAAAUCUAUAUGCAACAACGACUAGAGACAACAAUGUUCUUCCACGAGGAAAUGAUCAAACACAUGAUUCCGUGCUGAUGACCAUGAAAAGUCUACGAGUGACCCGGAAUCAGGUUGUAGUUGUUAAGAUAGUUGGAGUGACUAGAAAGAAUCUAAAUGAAAAAAAUAUACAAAAAAAAAAAUGACUGUAAUUUGCGGAUUGUCCGUUAUAGCGAUUAGCUCACUGGUGAGGGGACACACAUUCUUUUUUCAAUGGGAAAAGAAUUAUUUUAGACUUAGAGCGAUAGAUGACUUAUACGAUAAUAUAUAUAAACUAUACAUAUUAAAAAUAUACAUAGUAUAUAUAUUUUAUACUGAGAAAUAAUGCUUCCAUUGAAGAUGAAGGAAGGGGCUUGCGCUCUUGCAUUCCUGCCUUGAUAUACAGGAGUUCUUGUUUAUUGGUAAUUUAAAGAAAUUCUCUGAAGAAGAGGCCUGUCCUAUUGUUCGUAGCGUCCAAGCGUGCGUCCAGGUGCAAGUGAGACUGAAAUUUUAUUAGGGACAAGGGCUCGGUGGAAUUGGACGCGCGCACUAUUUUUUAUUUCUCCUAAUUAUACUGUUAUAAUUGUGGAGAGGAUGAACACGUGGAUCUUGUUUUGUAUGGUUUUUGUUUGGUUAUAACGAGGAAGAAAAUUAUUUGUAACAAUUGCGGCAACUCCACCAGUAUUUCGUACCGUUUUUUUCUCUUCUUAACGUUUACUUAAUGGCGAUACACAAAUUUUCGUCUCCCAGUAACGAGAAUGUACUUAAAUAUCAAACGAAAAAAAAAAGGAUUUAAUUUUAAAUGCUUGAUGAUUAAAUAGCUUACGUAGCCAUGUGCCUUUCCCGAGAUGGCAAUUGGAAUUUUUGAAAUAUUUUUUCAUUGAAUUCAUACUGAAGUUCGUACUUUAAUGCCCAUUCGUGUCCUGUAAUGUGAUUUUUCGACAUAAUGGGAGAAAUCGUUUUUUAUUCAGUGCCUACGUCGAGAAGAACCAGUUGCUGGACGUUAAUUAUUCCGUGACUGAGCGCAUGAGUACUAUGUAGCAAUUUAAUAUGUAGUGUAUACUGGAAAAUGUGGAAUGAGUGAUCGAGCGGAUUUAUAGCCUGUUGGCCGUAGUCUUUUUUUUUUUACAUAUUUCGUUUAUUUCGUGUCUAUUUUCCACGCGCCGUGUAUCGUUGUUGAUACGUGUAUCUAGCGCGUGCAUUGUUGGACUUUUGUGCUCGUCCGGCAUUUUUUAGCGAUGCCAGAGCCGACGAAUAUUCUAAUUAGGAAGAUAAAUUGAAUUUUUUUUUCAUGAAAAUAUAAAAAAAAAACAUUUUUAAUGCCGAACAAAAAGACUGCGAUAUGUAGAGAAGUGUACAGAUCAUGAUGAAUGACCAAAUAUGCGUGGGACAAACGUGCAUUAAAUGACGCCUGAUGAUCAGGGGCUAGAUAGUUUGUAGUAUACGCUGGCGAUACUUUUCGAUCAUGUUUAAUAAAUUGAUAGAUCACUCGUUCAUCCCCGCAUAUUCGAGAUUAUUUUGAGAGUGAUCUGGUUAAUAUCGUACAGAGAUUCUCAAGUAAUUGUGAGUGUUUGGCAACUGAUUUUCGAUUUAGUACGACUAAAAUGAAAAAAAAAUUUCAUAAUAAUGCUUAAUGUAAUGGUAAUAGGAAAAAAUUAUCCAGUAUUCCCGAUGAUUCAUAAUAAAAUUGGUAUUAUAAACGUUAAAAGUGAGUGACAGUUGAGAUAGGGCGAGGAGAUGUAUAUAAUAUAUACAUAUAUGUAUUGGAAAAUAUUGAGGGAAAUGUUUUAUACGAUUGAGACUCGCCAACUUUGUGCUAGGUGAAUGAAUGAGGGGUGAUGAUUUAUAAAAUGAUUCCUUUGGAUAUAAAAGUACUUCUUUCAAUGAUUGAAUGUUGAAAGUAAAUGAUAGAGAUAUUUGUCUGUUGAAAAGUGACUAUUCUAUGUUUAUAUUUUAUAAUAUAGCUAUUUCUACGUCUUUUUAAUGUAAUAAUCAUGAUUACAGUUCGAGACAUUGUUUUUUAUACGGAACAGAAUGAAAAAUUCGAUAUUGAGUGAAUUAUUUAUACAGUUGAUGGCAACGAGA